GCCUCCUUUUCGCCCCCCUUUCCUUGCCCCUCCGCCUCCAUGACCCGCAGUAGGAAGCAGGCGGCGCUGGAGAGAGGAGCCGGGAGGAUGAACCAAGAAGCGGGGAGCGCCACGGAGGGGGCCCGGGCGGCGGCGGAGGCGGCGGCGGCAGCGGGGGCAGCAGCAGCCGAUGGCGGAGCGGCGGCGGCCGCUUGGGGGCUGCAAGGGGAGGCGGAGAAAGUUGUGUACUCGCGGUCGCAGGUCUCCUUCGCCGGCACCAAGGCGCUGAGCGACGCCCUCAAGCUCUUCAUGCCCAAGUCCACGGAGUUCAUGAGCUCCGACUCGGAGCUGUGGAACUUCCUCUGCAGCCUCAAGCACGAGUUCUCCCCGGUUAUCCUUCGCAGCAAGGACGUCUACGGCUACGCCUCCUGCCGUGCCGUCGUCCCGGACCCGCCGCCGCCCUCCUCCGAGCGGCCCCGCCGCCGCCCCGGCAAGCGGCGCCUCCCGGCCUCCGCCGCCGCCAAGCGCCGGGCCGUGGCCGCGGGUGGCAGCGCCAAGCGGCGACGGCGGCGGCGGCGACGCAGGAGGGGACGGGGGUGGCAGCGCCAAGCGGCGGCGGCGGUGCCGGUGCCUCCGGGCGAGGAGGAGCAGGAGGAGGAGGAGGACAGCAAGCGGGGCAACCCGGCGGAGGGGCCCGCUUGGGAGCCCUUCGGAGGCAAGUCGCUGGAGGAGAUCUGGCAGGCGGCCACCCCCCGCCUCACCACCUUCCCCACCAUCCGGGUGCGGGGCAGCGUGUGGAGCCGGCGGAGCUUGGCGGCGGCGCUGCGCCGGGCGCAGCGGAUCCUCGGCGUGGACCUGGCCCCCGUGGUGCGGGUGCGCCGCCUGCCCGUGGCGCCGUCGUGAGGCCGCGGCCGCCGCCCGGCUCUGCCCGCCGCCUCCGCUCCGCCGCGGCGCGGACAAAGAGACCGA